CGCACGGAAGCACCUGUAGCCGAAAUUAUUACUGGCUUAACCAGACGGUAAUAUUCUGAUCUGAAUCAUGCUCAUGAUCCAUCCGUAAUCUACUCCGUGAUCCUGUCAGUCAAAAAUCCAUUUUGAGAAGGGACCUACGAACCCAAGGGACGCAGCAAUUUUUUUCGAAAAGCAAAAGAUCUAUUACUAUUUUGAUUUUCUGUGUCAUGUUGUACCAUGAUGAAGAUGACAUGAUGCUCACUUCUAAAACAUUGCAUAUGUCCUUGAGUCGUUCGCAAACUUCAGUCAGCGACCCCAGUUCUCAUGUUAUCCCUCUCGUGAAGAUCAUCCUCCUGCUUGCCCCGAUUUAUGAUAAAACUCCCCAAGAAGAAGCCGAUCCCAAUAUCAUUGAUAUACAGCCCUAGUAUGGAAGCAGCGCAACAACUCUCUUGCGUGUUUUUCCGUUGAUCUCAUCGAAUUCGAAAGACAUGUUAGAACUACAGCAACAUCAGAUGGACGGAUUUCCGCCGCGAAAAAGGGUGAAGCAACAAGCGGCAAGUGGCUUGGAGGAUUUCGAUUGUUACAAGCUGCAUCCAGAAUAUUUGCAGUGCGUGCCAGCCUUGGAAUGUCCUCGCGAUGUUUUCGAGAACCAUCAGGGUGCGGAUCCUGAACCACCGGCACCGCUAGCGCCCGCUCAUCUGAUCCUACCAACUACCGGUGCUGGCAAAUGUUCCUCCGUAGCAAGCUCAAACAAAAGCGCCGCCGCCACAGUCGUGGUGUCCCUGGAGCAGACGUUGCUAGGCAACAUCAAAGCGACGGCACUAGGCGCCGACCACCCGUCGAGUACUACCCCUGAAAUGAGCACGAUGACUCCCGACAGAAUACUUGACAAACUGGUUGUGCGCAGCAGAAGGACAUUAGAGGAUGAAGACGACAGUCCGGCAAAGAACGUCACUGCGUUUUUCCUCAGCGAGCGCUCGCCCGACCAAACUUGCAGUGGAGGCGCACUGUUCGCAAAACGCACAAAUAUUCUUACCGAGUGUCACUGCCAGAAUGCCGUGCCUGAUGAACAUGAACCAGGAGCACCUACUACAUGGUCCUAUGGUCGUGCAAAAGAGUUCCAAAUCCAACCGCCUCCGCUUGGCGACGGAGAAGUAGACCAGAUUUCCUUUCUGCGCAUCCUAGACGCAGAUCCCGAGGGAGCAGUGUUUGUCCUGGCUGGCCGGACGCGGGUGGAAAGUGCUUUUGCCGCUGCGUUGUCGGGGACGAAAUCCGCCUUGAGUGGACGCUGGAGAUACUUCCUGUACUACUGCAGGAGUAGAGAUGAGAACAAGAAUAAUUUUUCGGGUACUACUAGUUCUUCGACCGGUGUUGAGCUCUUAUCUUACGCGGGUGAGAUCGAUUUCAUGCCGGCCAGUGUGCAACAGCUCGAGCAAGAAGAAAUCGAGGCGCUGCAGGGGGAAGUAGAAGAUAUGGAGCAAGCAGAUGAAAACAUGCGAACAGAAGGACAGCAGGGAGCUACCGUUGAAGCUGAUAGUCGCAAAGCUGAGCAGCCGUCGCCUUCCAACACAGUCACAGCGACAAGUAGAGCCAAAGAGUCGCGCUUAGCUCUCGACCGCGACCUGGAACGCAUCAAAUACGUGGUCGCGCGGAGACGAAAAAACAAAACGCAGGAAAACAUUACGGACAAGACCAGCGACGUAGCGGUAAAGAUCUAUUUGGUGGACCACGAAAAUCUGCUCCGCUCGGCGGAUGCAACACUACCCUGUUCGAACACGCCCCCAAGUGGAACAAUUGCUCAAGAAACCCGACAAGUCCUCCUGCACCCGAGCGGUCCCUUGCUUCCGGAUACGAUCUGUGGCCUCGGACCACGAAAUCAUUCCGGCGGUCGUUUGCUUGCGAGAUACCGCAAACACCACGCCGUGUUGGUUCAUCUGCGCGCGGAUGAAGGGAGGUUCACCGUGGAAAGCGACGCGGGACAAAUUUGCCCUGGGAUUGCUGCCGUGUGCGAUUCACGGGGCGGAAGAUUUCGCCGAUUAUUUUUCAACAGCGAAUUUAUCGUCGUCGUCGAGGAGAACACAAAAUUAGACGUCGAUCUGAUGGAGGACGAGUCUCACGAAGACCCUACAACAUCGUCGUCCGCGCGCACGCUCCUCCUCUCGAUUUUCCCCUUCUUGCCAAACUGUAAUCUGCCUGACAAGUCUACUGUUCGUGUGGCAGCUACCGCGAGUGUGUCCGCCCUGCUCGGAACGGAUCUUCCGAUCGAAAGCGUGCUUCACUUGAAGGACAUCAGCGAAACGGAGAUGGCGUUUUUUGACGCAAAAACGCACAAAUGGCAAGUUCUGAAAGCCAACAACGAGGAGCAUGCAAUUCUCAACACUGUGAAGAAGGUAGAUCCGGCUCAGAUGACAGCGGCUGAGAACGAUGAGGAUGCGAUAUUGCCUAAUGGAAUUCGGAAGGCAGCACUUCUACAGUUUCUAGAUCGAAUGGAAGAAUAGAAGAAGUUGAGAACGUCGGAAUACGCAUGUUGUAAUGGAAAUUUUCUUAAGAGGCCCUGCCCUCACUUCCUCCUUUGGUCAUUCUCAGCAACAGCCUGGCUUGCCGACAAAGUCAGUAAAAC